AUGAGUCAUAAACAUGUCAUCUUUAAGAAGAUUUCCAAGGACAAGUCUGUGGGUGUCUACAUGGCCCAGAGGGACUUUGUGGACCACUGUGACUUUGUGGAACCUGUUGAUGGAGUGGUGCUGAUUGAUCCUCUACAGUUGAAGGGGAAGAAAGUGUUUGUGAUGCUGGCCUGUACAUUCCGGUACGGCCGCCAGGACAUGGAUGUUAUGGGCGUGGUGUUCCGCAGGGACAUCUACCUGAUGACCCGCCAGGUGUACCCCCCCUUACAGGACCGGCUCGCCCACUCCCCCAUCCAGGAAAAGAUCCUCCAGAAGCUGGGACCCGACGCCUAUCCCUUCUUCUUUGAGUUCCCAGAUAACCUGCCCUGUUCUGUCACGCUCCAUCCUGGACCCUCCGAUGUGGGGAAGAAAUGUGCGGUGGAGUUUGAGGUGAAGGCGUUCUGCGCUGAGAACCAGACUGACAUCUGUAAAGAGAGCAGUGUCAGUCUGUCCGUCCGUAAGAUCCAGUACGCCCCCAUGUCACAAGCCCCGCCCCCCUCCGCCAAGAGCACCUUCGAGUUCCUCCUGUCGGACAAUCCGCUGCACCUGAAGCUCGACCUGGAUAAAGAGACGUACUACCAUGGUGAGCCUAUCAGAGCAAGCGUUGAGAUCACAAACUCCUCCGGCAGAAACAUCAAAGAUAUCAGCGUCUCAAUUGAACAGGUGACCAAUAUCGUCCUCUAUUCCAACGACAAAUACGUCAAAUCAGUCGCCAAAGAAGAGACCUCGGACUGUGUACCUGCCGGGACGGUCCUCAAAAAGGAGUACUUAAUGCAUCCCCUCCUGAACCAGGAGCGCCGCGGGCUAGCGCUGGACGGAAAACUCAAACACCAGGACACCAAACUGGCGUCUUCUAGCAUAGUGAAGGACGAGGUGCUGAAGGAGGUCCAGGGGAUCCUGGUCUCCUACCGGGCUGUGGUCAGGAUGAUUGCCUCCGGAACGGUGGGCUCCAGUGAGGUAUCUGUGGAGGUUCCUUUCAAAUUGAUGAAUCCUAAACCUGAACCAGGUAACUAUCAACACACUGCCAGUGGGUCUGCUGAUCUGGUGUUUGAGGAGUUUAAAAGGGACUUCAUGAAGGGAGUGGUCGGGGAAGAAGAUGAGGAGAACUAGGAGGCCAGAGGAUCCCUAGGGGGCCAGAUCAGCCCUAGGAGGCCAGAGGAUCCCUAGGGGGCCAGAUCCGCCCUAGGAGGCCAGAUCACCAUUAAGAGCAGGAUGACCACUCGGUCUUUAGUAUGUUGUUACCAUGGUCACGGUAAACCCUUCAUCUCAGCUUGAGGGAGUAGAGAUGAGCCAA